AGCGUCAUCUUCAACUUAAUUUUGUGAUAUUUCGUGGAAAUAUUGCAAUUCUAUCAUUGUGGCAGAGAGAAUGUUUUUCUAGACAAGCUAAUGUUUUUGUAUGUAUAUAUACAUUUCUUUGGAGCCGGUGGUUACUGCGUGGCAGGCUGGUUACUUGAGUCUCCUAACUGGGUGCUUGGUCCCGCAGCUUGUCGCAGCUGAAGAAAAUAGAACCAGUUGCCAACCCAGCGGUCGGCACCAAACGUUUGCUUUGCGCCUUGUUAUACUUUCCCCGAGGAUUCACAUUUAAACUUUCGUUAACGGAGUGGUGGUGUAGCAGCUGCUUGUAUUUUAUGUCUUUUAUUUUUAUUUUUUUUAUGUUAACGGCAAAUUGUUGGUUGUAGACUUGGGUGGCUAACACCAACUAGCUAUAUAACCCCAACUCGUGCGACGACAGCUGUCAUUGGAGAAAGGAAAGUGAUCCCUUCAAAUGCGCCAACCGGUGAAGCGGUUUUCUGUUGGAUAUAUGUCAACUGCUUUUCCAUCAAAUGGGCAAAGUUGGGAAUAACAUUGCAACGCUGGAUUAUAAUGAUAUGCGCUGUGCAUUUCUGAGAACUGCGGUGCUGUUUCAUUGGAGAGAGGCUAGCUAGCUCAUUUAGCUUGCUAGCUAGCUGUGUGAUAAAAGUGCGACGUUUCAUCCCCCAUUAUUUUGGGACAUGAAGAGGAUAAUCCACUUUCCAUAGGGUUGGAAGAAUGUCAUCAGAGGAUAAGACUGUGGAACCCUCUGACCAGGGACCCUUACCGCCAUCCAGUAGUGUAGGGGCCACGUCCACAGAAAGUCCUGCCCAUGCAGACAAGCGACCACGUGGCAGGCCUCGCAAGGAUGCUGCUGCCACAAUCCUUCCCCAGGCACCAACCCUAUCCACAUCUAAAAACAGAAAAAAGGGUCGCACCAGAGGGAGAGUUGUUGUGGAUGAGGAGGACAGCAUGGAUGGGACUGAGAUAACAGAGUCCACUGACUCUCAGGAUGCAGAAACACAAGUACAACCCUUGGAGACUGUGGAAGUGGUGACCACUGAGGUUCCAGAGGAAGACAAGCCUUCUUCCCCUCUGGUCCAGAGCCCUCCAGCAGAGAUUUCAGCUGGACCAUCUGUCCCAUCGAGUAGAGAAAUCAAAACCAGUGAGCGUGUCUGUGCCUUCUGUUACUGUGGUGGUCGUAGCCUUCUGGGUCAGGGGGAUCUGCAAGUAUUCAACAUCACAUUUCAGCAUGAAACACUCUUCAGCCAUAAUGGUGAAGGAGGCUCGACAAACGACAACAGUGAUGGUGACAAAACCACUCAGCCAGAUAUGGCUGGAGACACCACCUCAGGACAGAAGGAAAAUGGGUCUGAAACCUGCCAGGAAGAACCAGACCCAGCCAGUCGAUUUUGGGAUGAGCUUUCUCAUGUCGGCAUUUCACAAGAUGUUAAAGUCCAGUCUCUCUUUGAGUCAGGGCAAUGUUGGGCACAUCAGAGUUGUGCCUUGUGGUCUGAUGGUGUUUGUGAGGGCGAGGGACAAUCUCUGCUUAAUGUGGACAGAGCCAUUGACUCAGGGAGCACAAAGCACUGUGCAUACUGUAAGCGCCUUGGAGCAUCCAUUAAGUGCUGUGCUGAAGGAUGUGCUCAACUCUACCAUUACCCCUGUGCAGGGGCAGCUGGGACCUUUCAGGAUAUCAGGAGUCUCUCACUCCUCUGCCCAGAACAUGUUGAAUUGGCAAUUCACAAAUUUGUAGAUGAUGUAAAUUGCGUGCUGUGUGAUAGCCCAGGGGACCUAUUAGACCAGCUCUUCUGCACCAGUUGUGGUCUGCAUUACCAUGGGAUGUGCCUGGAUAUGGCUGUGACCCCGCUAAGGAGAGCAGGUUGGCAGUGCCCCGAGUGCAAAGUCUGCCAGACAUGCAAGAACCCAGGAGAGGACACUAAGAUGCUGGUGUGUGAUAUGUGUGACAAAGGAUACCAUACAUUCUGUUUGCAACCUGCAAUGGACUCUCUUCCCACCAACGGAUGGAGAUGUAAGAACUGCAGAGUAUGCAUACAGUGUGGAACACGCACCAGCGGCCAGUGGCACCACACCAGCCUGCUGUGUGAGAAAUGUGUCCAAAACCAGGACCCUGCUCUGUGCUGUUCUAUGUGUUCUUGCAUCCUGGACCCUGAGCAUCACAAAGACUUACUAUUCUGCCAAACUUGUAAGCGAUGGCUUCACCUGGACUGCGAGCGUCAGAACUCAGGCCAAGCAGAAAUCCACCCCAGAGAGGACUAUGUUUGUUCCAACUGCAGGCCUCCUGCUGCAGAGCAGGCGCUACAGGCAGAGGGUAUGGACAUUGGCCCAGAGCUCAGCCCUAAGCCAGCCCCCAUGCACACAGACACUGAGACUGCCCUACAGCUGGCUCAAAAGCACACAGACCUAGAACCUGGCACUCAGCUGCCCCCUGAAAUGCACAAUGACCCCAAACCGGAAUUACUUGCUGUUCCAUUGCACUCAGAUCCAAAGCCUGUUCAGGCUACCGUCCAGGAGGAGAAGUUGGCCAUGUCUGACCAGAAGCCUGAAGUCUCAGGGGAAGCAGACACUGUGGAGACGCAGGUUCCUGAACCGUCUGUCAGCAAAAUUCCAGCAGAAUUCAAACCAGAGUCAAAACCAGCAGCUAGAGGCAAGCUUACAUCUACAGAAAGUUCUGCAUCUUCAGCGACUCAGAGCCAGGAGUCUUUUCCAGCCCAACAACCUACUGAGGCACCGCAGACCCAGGAUACCACAUUGCAAUCCAAACCAGCAACUACAGAGGCCUGCCCUGAGCAGGGCACGGUCAACCCCAGCACAAAGGAUUUUAAGGCCAUCAUCUCAACCACCAAAGAACCAAGUACUACAGCAGUACCUUUAAUAGACCAACAAAUUGAAGUCACACUACCCCAGCCUUCAAGUAUGGAUGUAGUCAAGGCUUCUUUCCUGGAAACUGCUCCAAAAGAACUCAAGGAGAAGAAUGAGGGUAUAUUUCCCAUUACCCUGACAGACAAUGUUAAGCCCACAGCUUCUAAUAUGUCAGAGGAGAUGGACACCACACUGGACAGCAAGCCCAAUCUGUCAUUUCCUAACUUGUCUUCAGAGCAGAAGCCCUUCAAAACAUCUGUGGAAAGACUAGCUGAACUGGUUUCUUCUCCCUCCCACUCCUCCCAUCUGGUCCGAGGGACACCUCUCAGAGAACUACCCCAGACCCAGAUACUACCUUCAUUGAGUGACCACAGUAGUGUGAUACCAGCAACAACCCUUGUGCCAUUCACCCCAAAGAUUGGCAUGGGAAAGCCAGCCAUCACCAAGAGAAAGUUUUCUCCUGGGAGGCCAAGAGUGAAACAGGGUGCAUGGAGCCCCCAUAGCAGUGUGAGCUCACCCUUGUCCUGGUCACCAGACCAGCCAGAGGGGUGGGACCCAAAGACCAGGCAGUCCUCUGGCAGCCCCGGCUGGAGCAUCAGAGUGGGUCGAGGCUCAGGCUUCCCAGGGAGGAGGAGGCCAAGAGGAGCUGGUCUGUCGGGUAGAGCUGGACGUGGCAGGGCCAGAGGGAAGAAUGGAGUGAAUCCCAGCAUCAACCCGGGGAUUACCACAAUAGAAACACAAUACCCUGUGAAGGAGGAGGAGGAAAAUGCGAUGCAUAACACGGUUGUCAUUUUCUCCAGCAAUGACAGCUUCACAUUAAAACAGGACAUGUGUGUGGUGUGUGGAAGUUUUGGUCUUGGUGCAGAGGGCCGCCUUUUGGCCUGUGCUCAGUGUGGCCAGUGUUACCAUCCAUUCUGUGUAGGCAUAAAGAUCACCAAGGUGGUGCUAAGUAAAGGCUGGCGCUGUCUGGAGUGUACAGUGUGCGAGGCAUGUGGCCAAGCCACAGAUCCUGGACGUUUGCUGCUAUGUGAUGACUGUGACAUCAGCUAUCACACAUACUGCCUGGACCCUCCACUGCAGAAUGUUCCCAAGGACAGCUGGAAGUGCAAGUGGUGUGUGUCCUGUACCCAGUGUGGUGCCACCACGCCAGGACUAAGGUGUGAGUGGCAGAAUAAUUAUACCCAGUGUGCUCCCUGUGCCAGCCUUGCAACGUGCCCAGUCUGCCUGGUGGACUACAGUGAAGGCACCAUCAUUGUGCAGUGCCGUCAGUGUGACAGGUGGUUUCAUGCCUCAUGUCAGAGUCUCCAUUCAGAGGAAGAUGUAGAAAAAGCUGCAGAGAGCGGCUUCGACUGUACAAUGUGCAGAAAUUUCAAGACCACUAAAGGUGGGAGCUCCAUGAUUCAACUAGUUGUGACCAAGACCAGAGACAUCACUGAGCCACUGGUUGUGAUGCCAGUUGUCACAAAGACUAAAGAAAUUGAUUUGUCAAGGACGUACACCCAGGAUGGAGUUUGUUUGACAGAGUCAGGACUUUGCCAGCUCCAGAGCUUAUCUGCUACAGCAUCAAGACGACGGAAACCUAAGCCGAAAUUAAAGCUUAAGAUCAUUAACCAGAACAGCGUCGCAGUCCUUCAAGCACCUGUGGACCCACUUUCAGAACUCUGUCGAGAUGAAGACAUGGAGGACAACAGAGAGGCGGAGCUCCUCGAUUGUGAGACAAAGUCUGACUCAAGCCUGGAGCGAGAGCCAGUGGAGGAUGACUCCAAGGGGGCCGACGGCGGCAAGAAGAGGAAGAGGAAACCGUACCGACCGGGCAUUGGGGGAUUCAUGGUCCGCCAGAGGAGCCGCCCAGGCCAAGGUCCAAGCAAAGCAAAGCGAUCCCUCUGUAGAAAAGAUUCAUCUGGCUCUGUGUCAGAGAAUCCCACAGGAAAAGAUGAAGGUUGGACCGAAGCACUGCCAGAUACUCCUGUGGAUGAGAUUCCUCCUGGACCAGAGGUCCCAGAAAAGAUAAAGAAACGCUAUCGAAAGAAGAAAACUAAACUGGAGGAGGCUUUUCCCACCUAUCUACAGGAAGCUUUCUUUGGAAAGGAUCUACUGGACAAAAGCAAGCAAAGUAGGCAGCAGGGGGUUGAAUCAGGCUUACUGGAGGACGGGCAAACCCAAGUGGAGAGAAAGCACCCCACUACCAGCUUCCUACGUGCAACAUCAGACCCACUGCUCAGUGCCUCAACAACAUCCAUUCCUACCAGACCAACAGCACCAGAGACGUCUGAGGAACCAUUAGUUGAUCUAUCUGAUGUUCUGAACACUGAUGCAGACAUCUUGGGAAUGCUCGGAAAGCCAAGCAGUGACUCUGGUCUUGAUUUUUGUCCCUUCCAUGUUGACAGCUCACCUCCUUCUUUUGCUGGUCUGGACAUUGGACCCCUGGCAGACAAUUCCCCAGUAACAUCUCAGUCUCAUGCUGGCCGAAGGACACCUCGAACAAUGCCAGAAGAACCAUUGGAUGGCAUUCUCAGCCCGGAGCUAGACAAGAUGGUUACUGAUGAAUCAAUUCUCAGUAAACUUAACAAAAUUCCAGAGUUGGAGGGCAAGGAUGUGGAGGAUCUCUUUACAGCAGUCCUUAGCCCGAGCACGAGCCAACCUCCUCCACCACAGGUGCCUCACCCCCAGGUUUCAGGGCCCUUCCCUGCCACACCUGGCACUAGUAUGCCUCAUCCCAAUGCAGGAAAUUCAAUGUUUCCAAGGAUGCCAAUGAUCAAUGGUAUGAUGGGACCAAACCAACGUUUCCCUACAAAUCCAGGAACAGGACCCUGCAUCACAGAAAAUUUCUCCCCCCUUAACCGCAUGCCUUUCACUGACAAUCCAAGGGACAGAAAAUUUAAUCGAAUCCCUCGAGAGGCAGUUGGUCCAUGGUCCUCCCCUGCCCAUGGCCCAGGCCCGGCACCCCCUGGAUCUCUGCCAGAAGGGGAGACUGAAGCCAUGUCAAAUGCCCAAAGGAGUACACUAAAAUGGGAGAAGGAGGAGACACUUGGAGAACUCGCCACAGUUGCACCAGUCCUAUACACUAAUAUUAAUUUCCCCAACCUCAAAGAAGAAUACCCAGACUGGUCUACCAGAGUAAAGCAAAUUGCUAAACUUUGGAGGAAAGCUAGUUCCCAAGACAGGGCCCCAUAUGUGCAAAAGGCAAGAGAUAACCGAGCAGCCCUGCGCAUCAACAAAGUCCAGAUGUCGAAUGAGACGGUGAAGAGGCACCAUCCACAGCAACAGCCCCCUGAGGUGUUUGAUCCCAACAUACCACUAGACACAGAACUCCUGUUUAAAGACCCUUUGAAACCAAAAGAGUCAGAGCAUGAACAAGAGUGGAAGUUUAGACAGCAAAUGAGGCAGAAGAGCAAACAACAAGCAAAAAUUGAAGCCACUCAGAAAUUGGAGCAAGUAAAAAAUGAGCAACUCCAGCAGCAACAACAGCAGCAACAACAGCAGCAGCAGACUAGCCAGACAGAAGGGGAUGGCAGCAACAGCUGUAACCAGAGCCCAGCCUCCCAGCCCAGUAAUGACAGCAUGUCUCCGAUGCAGCAGUUCAAUGCUAAAGAAACUUUUCCAAGGCCACAGCAACAAGGGACACCCACUUCAGGUCCUCCAGAGGAUGUGUUCUUACGACCACCACCUCCCCCUCCAUCAGGCCCUUCCUCCCAGCCUCAGUCUCCACAAGUAUUCUCACCAGGUUCCUCUGGCUCCAGACCCUCUUCUCCAUGGGACCCAUAUGCAAAAAUGGUUGGGACCCCAAGACCACCAGCUCUUGGACCAAAUGCAUGUCGCAGAAUGCCUGUGGAAUCCGGUAAAUCCCCCACCUCCUUGAUGGAGCAGCAGGACAGAGGGAGACCCUCUCCAGCGCAUGAAUCUUUUGGUUCUCCUACAUCAGUGAACAGUGAUCCUUAUGCCAAACCACCUGACACACCAAGGCCAACUGGAGAAAAUGACCCUUUUCUGAAGCCCAUGGGUCCCCCUAGGGGCAGUCAGAGUGCUCAAGGAAGGCCCCCAAUGGGAUCUCCUGGUAGAGACCCAUACUCAAGGCCCAUGAUAAGAAAUGAUGCUUAUCAGCGAAUGACCCAGAACAGAAUGAUCUUGUCUGACCCUUAUUCAAGGCCUUUACUUGCACCAAUACCUGGAAGCAAUGAGUCUGGUUCUGUCCCCCUGUUUAAAACACCAAUGCCCCCCCCUCAGACUCAGGAUCCCUUCAACCGAUCAGGCUCACAUCCGACUGACAGAUUCUCCCAGAAUCAACAGAAUGAUCCCUAUGCACAGCACCCUCAUACCCCAAGACCAUCAGGAAAUGACAGUUUUGCCAGUCCUCCUAGAAUGGGUCAACAUCACCCUCAGGGACACACAUUUGCUCAGCCAGGGACUCAAAUGUCUAGGAAUCCUUAUGCACAUGCACCUUCUACUCCAAGGCCUGACCAUUACACAUAUGAUCCCUUUGCCCCGCCCCCUGGUCCUAACAAGCCAGCCAGUGACCACUUCUCUCAGUCUACAGGUAACCAACGAGCCAUCAAUGAACACGGAGCUCAACCUCGACCAUUUUUUGAGCCCUAUGCUCGCCCUCCAGGCACUCCACGUCCACAUGAUAACUAUGGCCACUCAUCCAACACACCUAGUCCAUCCUCAGACCCUUAUUUACAGGCUCCUGCUACCCCUCGCCCCAGUGGAAUGAACCAGUUCUCUCAUCAGUCCCACCCUGGACAGAGGAUGUCGCCUUCCCACUCAGUGGACCCUUAUGGUCAGCCACCAGGUGCUCCACGACCCUCUGUUGGGGAGAGGUUCGUCAAGUCACCAGGUAGUCAGAGGGGGCCAGUGGAGCAAUUUACAGGUACACCUGGGACAUCAAGGCCAGGAAGUGGUGAUAUGUUUUCUCCGCCAGGGGCCCCAAGGUCAAUGCUCAGUGACUCUUAUGCACAGCCUCCAGGGACCCCAAGGCCUGGUCCAGAUGGGACUAACAGGCCUUUGCCAAGGCCAGGACCAAUGGCAAGUCAAGACCCUUUCUCACCACCCCAAGGCCGACUUCAAGAGCCUUUUUCUCAUCCAGACUCACAUCCACAAAAACACUCAAGUAUUUCAGAAGAUGGAUUUGGUCAGUCACCUUCUAAAAGACCCAGUCAGACACCCAGCCAUGAUCCAUUUGAACAAGCCCCUAUGACCCCUCGUCCACAGUCAACAGAGAAAAUGGAAAUGAAAGAUCCGACAUUUGUUGGUAAUAAUGGAACUGGCCCUCAAGACCCUGCCCAAAUGUGUAACAACUCACAAAUACCUGGUGCAUCCUCUGAAGUUCAGGGUGUGCCUCUUGCUGAGACAGUAGAGGAGAGACUCAGACAGCGACAAAGAAUUAGAGAACUAAUCCUCAAGCAACAGCAGCAGAGGAGUGCCAUCCGACAGGAGAGGGGCCCUCAAGAUUCUCCUGGCAACAUAACCCCAGGAACACCACGACCCUGGCUCCAGGAGGGCCCUGGUCAACAGGCUGAAAUGUUCAACCGACCUCCCCCACCUUAUCCUGGACAAGGACCCAUGAGAGGACCAAUGAGGUUUCCUGGACCUUUUCCAGGCGAUCAGCGUGUCCCUUUCCCUAAUGAAGGGCAAAUCCCCCGAGCCUCACAUCCUGGAGAUCCUAAUUUGAGACAUCAGGGGCCAAGGUUUGCAUUUCCUGGAGUUUUAGGACCCCAUGGGGCUCAGGAGUUCUUUCCCAGGGGGCAACACCCGAUGCAGGAUGUUCCUCCACAAAUGAGACGGUCCAUGUCUGCAGAGAUGGCAAAAAACAUGGGAGGAAACCCCAUGGGGCUCCCCCAACACUUCACACCACGUAAUAUGCCAGUGCAGCAGCACAACAUAAUGGGCCAACAUUUCAUUGAGUUGCGACACAGAGCAGCAGAAAACAGGCCCCGCAUGCCAUUUCCUCCAGCCACCAUGCAAGGAGGGAACAUGGAUCCUAACCUGCAGGGGCAAAGGGCAGCAGGCUUUCAACUUGAUUCCAGAUUCCCUUUAAAUCAGGGGCCCAGAAUGAUAGAUCCUUUAUCCAGUCAGGCUGGCCAUUUACAGUUUUCUUCCAGCAUGGACAAUCUUCAUCAGCAAAGCCAGAUUCUAGGAUUCAACCCGCUCAAACAAUCUCCAUUGAUGAGAUCCAUGAGUCAGCCUGCUUCAAAUGAGACUCAAAACAUUGCAGCAUCUAUGAUCCUUUCUGCACCCCCUGCUGGGCAGACUGAGACUGUGGAGGAGAAACUAGAUGCAGAAGACUCAGCAGUCAAAGAUCUUGAGGAUGUGGAAGUGAAAGACCUGGUAGAUGCCGACUUAGAAAACCUAAAUUUGGAUACUGAAGAUGGCAAAGACCUAGAUUUGGAAACCAAUGACCUACACCUUGAUGACUUUCUUAAAUCUGGGAAAUUUGACAUCAUUGCUUAUACAGACCCUGACUUGGAUGACAUCAAGAAAGACAUGUUUAAUGAAGAACUGGAUCUUAGUGAUCCUAUGGAUGACAAUUCUGACACCACAGAUGUUAACAAAAAUGCUGAGGCUUCAUCCAGUUCAGCAUCUGCACUAGCAAAGUCAGAGGCUACAGGUGAACAAUCCUCAGCUGAACUCAAGCCAAAAAGUCCUGGGAAUCAUAAUUUAGAUUUUUUGGCACCAAACCAGGAAAUUAAAACAGAGGUCAAAGACUGUCAGAGGCCACCAGAGGUGGUAGACCAGCAAGCUUCUGGACACGCCUCAAACCAGCAGGGCGUUUUCUCCGACUCCACCCCAGUCUUGUCUAGUUUACUCAUUAAGCAGCAGCCUGAGGAGCAGUCAUUAAACCCAAUCAUUGAAUCUGUCAGUCAAGGAGGUAACCUCAUGGCCCAGCAGAACCAAGUCACUGAUACUCAGCAUACCUCAGGAAUUCCAGUGAGUCAAACAAUACCUGACACUGCCACUGCAGGAGAAGUUUCUAUGACUGGCUUUGCAGCAGACCAUCAGGUGGGGCUGACCUCUGGAGUAGAUCAGAGUGGUCUGAGCCAGACCUCGCAGACAGUGUUAAACCAGGGAAUGGGUCAGCAACAGCGUCCUCUUCUGCUUGAGGAGCAGCCCCUUCUUUUACAGGAUCUACUAGACCAGGAAAGGCAGGAGCAGCAGCAGCAAAGACAGAUGCAAGCCAUGAUACGACAGCGUUCCAGUGACACUUUUUUCCCCAACAUUGAUUUUGAUGCCAUCACUGACCCCAUCAUGAAAGCCAAAAUGGUUGCUCUAAAAGGCAUCAAUAAAGUCAUGGUUCAGAACAACAUGGGAAUGACCCCAAUGGUCAUGAGCAGAUUUCCUUCUGUUCCUGUACCACCUUGUCCAGAGAGCACACCACUUCCUCCACAAGUUGUUGGACCGGAUGGGAAAUUAACACAAGUUGCAAGACCAAAUCCCCCUAACUUUGGACCAGGAUUUGUCAACACUGCUCAGAGGGCUCAGUAUGAGGAGUGGCUCCAAGAGACCCAGCAACUACUUCAAAUGCAGCAGAAGUUUCUAGAAGAGAAGAUAGGAGCUCACAGGAAGUCUAAGAAAGCCUUGUCUGCCAAGCAAAGAACUGCUAAGAAGGCAGGCAGAGAGUUCCCAGAGGAGGAUGCUGAGCAGCUCAAACAUGUCACAGAGCAGCAGGGUGUAGUGCAAAAGCAACUGGAGCAGAUCCGCAAGCAGCAGAAGGAGCAUGCUGAACUUAUUGAGGAGUACAGAGUGAAACAACAGCAAAGCAAUAUGACACCAGUGAUGCCUGGCAUGCACCCAGUGCCAGGUCCUGCUGGCAUGGUGGCCAGUGGCCCGCCAAUGGUACAGCCUCCCAUGAACCCUAUGAUACAGAUGCCACUUCACACUGGCCAACCAAAUGCACCUCCACGUAUGCCCAACCCACCACCUGGCUGGCAUCCUGGUGCUCCUAUGACUAUGGGUGGACCAGGAAUGCCACCUAUGCCUCCUCAGGUACCUGUUGGCAAUGCAGCUCAACCCCUUCAGAUGCAUCCACAGAUCCCUGUAGAUUCCCAAGCACCACCCGCUCCACCCAGUGCUGUAAAACCCAUGCAGGCAAGUGGUGUGAAGUUUGAUGACAACAACCCAUUCAGUGAAGGCUUCCAGGAGCGCGAAAGGCGAGAGAGGCUUAGGGAGCAGCAGGAGAGACAGCGUGUGCAGCUCAUGCAGGAAGUUGAACGUCAAAGAGCCCUGAAACAUCGUAUGGAAAUGGAGCAACAAGGGAUGAUGGGGCCAGAUGGGAACAUGGCGCCACUUGCUCAGAUGCCAUUCUUUAAUUCAGAUCUACCACAGGACUUCAUGCAGCCCCAGAGACCCCCCUUACAGCAAUCACAACAACUUGGACCAAUGUUUCCCCAGCAGCAGGGCAUGCAGCCUGGCAUGGGUUCACCACCUGGAACAUUUAUUCAGGGUGAAAGAAGAGCAAUGAUGGGCAAUGGAAUGAUGCCACCUGACAUGGGACCUGGUUUAGUACCUGAUAAUGUUGCUCUACAAGGGCCUAACUUUCCUCACGGUCAACCCAGACCUCGUCAGUUCAGUGGACCAGGAUUGAUAUCUCAGAUUCCAGGUGAGGGUCCACCAUUUGGGAAUGAUUCAUCUACACCUUUACCAUCCAAUUUCCCAGGCUCAGGUCAGUCACUUAUACAGCUCUACUCCAACAUCAUCCCAGAUGAGAAAGGGAAAAAGAAGAGGAACCGCAAAAAGAAGAAAGACGAAGAUGCAGAUUCAGUCAAGACGCCCUCAACUCCACAUUCAGACCUUACAGCCCCUCUUACACCAUGUGUCUCAGACACCUCCUCAACUCCUACUCGGAGCACCCAUCUCUUUGGAGACCAGGACUUGUCAAGGUCCCCAUUACUGGGAUCUUCCACCCCUAGUCACUCAGAACUUGAGAGACAGCUUUCUGGAGGGCAGUCUGGGCAAUCUGGUCUGUCAUCAGAUACUUCAAAGACCCCGGCUCAGGAGCAUGAGAGGAUCCUCAGUAACAUAAAGCUGGAGCAGACUGAUGCCACCGAGUGUCACGGACCAAGAGAAGGACCAGGCUCGGAAAUGAGCUCUGUGAAAGAAGAGGGUAAUAAAGGGAGCAUGUCUCCAUUCCCUUCUGGACAAAGCCCAAGCAAGGGAGAGGCUGGAAACGAACUACUGAAACACCUGCUGAAGAACAAGAGUACACCUCCACCCGGAUUGUCCCAGCAGAGGUCAGAGGAAAGCCUGCGCUCAGAGGAGGAGGAGCCAACAGACUGCAAAACCCUGCUGAGGCAAAGCUCUGUGGACAGCAAUGGGGCAUUCUCCGAUGGCACCUCCGACUUUCCUGGACCUCUGCUCACUGAGCAAGAGAAGAAGAAGGGAAGGAACAAAAGACCACCAAAAGGAGGCGAGAAACCUGCCUCUCGCUACAAGAAGAGAAAGAAGGAAGGAGAUGAGAGGCAACUGAUGCACUCUGGACCAGACACUGUAAUGACCCAAAUCAAACAGCAACUCUCUCUGCUGCCCCUGAUGGAGCCAUUGAUUGGGGUCAACUUUGCCCAUUUUGCCCCUUAUGGCAGUGGCCAGCUUAACGGAGAAAGCCUCUUGUCUGGUACUUUUGGCAGUGCCUCACUAGAUGGAGUCUCUGAUUAUUACUCCCAACUGGCCUACAAGCAGAAUAACUUGAGCAAUCCUCCAACUCCUCCGGCAUCUCUUCCUCCCACUCCACCACCUGUGAAUCGACAGAAAAUGGUCAACGGAUUUGCAACAACAGAAGAGCUGGCAAGCAAAGCUGCUGCCAUGGUCUCCAAGGGUCUGGUGCCAAAGCCACUACAUGUCCCAUUUCGGGCUGAGGAAGAUCUGCUCGCCCGGGCUAUUGCUCAGGGGCCCAAAACAGUGGAUGUUCCCGCUUCACUUCCCACCCCUCCUCACAACAACCAGGAGGAGCUGAGUAACAGAGGGCAGGAGCCAUGCAAGGACAGGGACACUCCUGAUAGCUUUGUUCCAUCUUCAUCUCCUGAGAGCGUGGUUGGCAUGGAGAUCAGUCGCUACCCAGACCUCUCUCUGGUGAAGGAGGAGCCUCCAUCUCCCUGUGUGUCUCCUGUGUUCCCCGUGCUUCCUCCCCCUGAUGGGAAAGGGACGGAGACCAAACUGCAGGAUAUCAAGACUGAACCGUCUUCAAUGUUUUUUGGCUCCCCCUUUGGCCCCAUGUCUACUGAUUCCAAACACGGGAUGGUUUCUGUAGCUAUCACACUGAGACCAGCUGCAGCUGAGAAUAUCACUGGUGUGGUGGCAGCCAUUUCAGACCUACUGUGUGUGAAGAUCCCCAGCAGCUAUGAGGUCAGCAGCACCCCAGACAGGCCCACUCUAUGUAUGCUCAGUGGUCCCAGGGUGGGUCCUCAUGGCAUGGAGCCUCGACCUCCCAUGUUCUUCCAAGGACCUGGAGAUAAUGGAGGGCUUCAAACCCGGCAAGGACAGAUGAUCAGGCCCGGUGGACCACAGGGAAUGAUGCAGCAGCAGGGACAUCAUUUCCGUUUCCAUCUCAAUAGCCCAGGCACUGCUGUAGCUCGAGGACCUGACAAUAAGACCCCUGCCAGCCCAGGAUGUAAACCACAGUGGUGCUGCAACUGUAAAGUGGUGGUUCUGGGAAAUGGAGUGCUGAAAGCUGCCAAAGACCUCCCUGCUCACAUGAAGGAAUUCGAAGGCCGUUUAAAAUCUGAGGAAGACCUGGUCUUCUGCAGUCACAGCUGUUUCCUUCUCUAUUGUUCUGCAUCACCACUGCCGUCCAGACCCACCACAGAAACAAAGCAAUCAGUGUCCCUUCUCCCAGCUUCUGAGCAAACAGAGAACUUUGGUAAAAUUCAGCAUCAGUACAGCAACAACAUGUCCUCAUUGGAUGUUCACUGCCUGGCCCAGCUUCAGCCCAAACAGUCUCCUCCUUCUACUCCUCCUAUCCCCUUCCCAGCAGCAAGUGAAACACCCAAGACAGAGGCAAAGUCUGAUGCACUCAAAGUGACAGUGAAGUUAAAGACCCGACCAAGGUCCCACGAUUUCUGGCACCAAGGCAAGAGACAGAAAGGACUUCGCUGGAGAAAAUGGACCGUUCAGGUGGUGGUGUCAAAAGGAAAUUCUCAGCUCCCAGAUGAGGAUAAGAUCGAUGAGCUAUUGAAGAAACUUGGGGCCUCCUUGCGUCCUCCAGUAUCACUCAAAGACCACAGACGCUGCUGUUUCUGCCACCAGUUUGGAGAUGGGCACACUGAUGGUCCUGCUAGGCUGCUCAAUCUAGACCUCGAUGUGUGGGUUCAUCUAAACUGUGCCCUGUGGUCGACUGAGGUGUACGAAACGCAGGCUGGGGCCCUCAUCAACGUGGAGCUUGCACUGCGUCGUGGCCAAACAGUACGCUGUGCUUACUGCCAGCAGACCGGAGCCACUAGUGGCUGUCACCGACCACGCUGUACCAAUGUCUACCAUUUCACCUGUGCUCUGCAAGCCCACUGCACAUUCUUCAAGGACAAGACCAUGCUAUGUCAUGCCCACAGGCCCCGGGGAACAGCAGGACAAGCGUUGGAGCACGAGCUGCGUUGCUUCGCAGUGUUCCGACGUGUCUAUGUUCAGAGAGACGAAAUGCGUCAAAUUGCCACCGCUGUGCAGCAGCCCGAGUUAGGUUAUACAUUUAGGGUGGGCAGCCUGGUGUUGCAUGCGAUGGGUCAACUAACACCUCUACAAAUGGCAGCCUUCCAUUCACCAACAGCCAUCUUUCCAGUUGGCUAUGAAGCUUGCCGCAUUUACUGGAGCAUGCGUCAUGGCAACCGCCGUUGCCGCUAUGUCUGUUCUGUUGAAGAUGGAGACGGGCUUCCAGAGUUCACCAUCAGAGUCAUCGAACAUGGCUACCAAGACCUGAUCCUGACUGACACCUCUCCUAAAGGAGUGUGGGACAAGGUGCUCGGCCCAGUGGCAGAGAAAAGAUCUGAAUCAGCCACUCUGAAGCUCUUUCCCAUUUACCUGAAAGGCGAGGAUCUGUUUGGGCUCACGGUCCCAGCAGUCACCAAAAUCACUGAAUCGCUCCCAGGAGUGGAGGCAUGUGACAGGUACUCCUUCCGUUAUGGGCGCAACCCUCUUUUGGAGUUGCCUCUCAUGUUCAGUCCAGCCGGUUGUUCCCGUGCAGAGCCAAGAACAAGCUCUCCCUGCACCUCACUGGUGAUAAGGCCACAACCCCAGGCUGUUUCCAGCAGCAGUGCCAGGUCUAACCAGAAUGUGGCUCAAGGAGAAGGUGGCGUUCCUCAUAGCAAGACUCCAGUGGUACACCCCAGGUCUUCUCAGUACCGCUGGAUGAAGAGUGAGUGGAGAGCAAAUGUCUAUUUGGCCCGCUCCCGAAUCCAGGGCCUGGGGCUGUUUGCUGCUAGAGACGUUGAAAAACAAACCAUGGUGAUCGAGUACAAUGGAACCAUCCUCCGAAAUGAGGUUGCCAUUAGGAAGGAGAAGAUUUAUAGAGCUCAGAAUCGAGCAGUGUUCAUGUUCCGCAUCGAUAGUGAACACGUGGUCGAUGCUACUCGAACUGGAGGGCUUGCAAGAUAUAUCAAUCAUUCUUGUGCCCCGAACUGUGUUGCUGAGGUGGUCACGUUUGAAAGAGGUUACAAAAUCAUCAUCAGCUGCAUUCGCAGAGUUGAGAAAGGAGAAGAGUUAUGUUUCGACUAUCAGUUUGACACCGUUGAAGGCCAGCACAAGAUCGCUUGCCACUGCGGAGCUCCUGAAUGCAGGAAGUGGAUUAAUUAAGCAAAACAAGAAACCCAGAUGCAUUCCUUGCUGUAGUGUGUGGGUGUAGUGUCAUGACCUCUGCACAGAGAAAAAUUCUUCACGUUAAAGUCAUUUUACUGAUGAGUAGAAGGCCCAAACCUUUGAAGCAAUGAAUAAAUUUACAGGUUGGUUCAUCUAGAUCAUGGAAUAAAAACGGGUGGAGGAAGGGAAAUCCAACACAGUAGCAGGAUGUGAUGUGCCAUAUAUGAGGGGCUCUGUUGUACGUGAUGCCUCCGUGUGUCUGUAUGUAUCUGCGUGUUUGUUUGGUGUACAUGGGGUGCGGAAUCCACCAGCGAAUGAGAAAGCACUGUGCAGGGUGCGGCCUUAUUGCUUACUAAGGGCAGGCCCUUUUGUUACAUACUGUUAAUGUAUACCAUAUGACUAAAUGUAGACAUCACUGAAUGAGGAAUGUACAGCAAUGAAUACCGCGAAGGGAAUAUUAACUUGCACUAAAAAACAAAAAGAAAAUAAACAAAAAAAAAAAAAGUACAUACACAAACUUUUAAAUACUUGAUUCCAUGAGUCAGUUUUAUCAUAGGUCUCUGUCAUGUGAUUUGUGUGGAAUUUGAGAGGUUUUGUAUUUAUUACUGAGUGAAUGAAUUUUAUUCUCAAAAUGAUGAGAUUGAGUUAAAGAAGGCUAGAUUGCUAUUGUUUUUGAAGAUUGAAGAAGACAUGCUGUUACUUUUGUAUAAAUGUACAUAAAGAAAACUAUAGGAAUAACCGACCAAAUACUACCUUAACCUUCUCGAUGUUUGCGUGUUUUUAAAAUGUUUUUUGUUCCGUUUGUCAUUGAAAUUUAUUUAAGAUGGACGUUAUUUCAGUUUGAGAGUAUAUAUUAUGAUUAUUCUGUACAGAAUUUGUAAUAUAACCACAAUAAUUCACAAAGUAUUUUUGUUGUAUUAAAAGUAAGGUAUUGUAGCGUACUGUUUUGUGACUUACACAUGCUUUGACCACUCAAAAAAAAAAAGAAAUAUUUUUGUUGACUAACGUAACGAGUUACCGGUUACAGAAUCAAAAAAGGACAAAUGGUAAGAGAUCAUUGUGAUCUGUUUGCCUUUAAUCAGGUUUGAUUUUAAAGAACUGUGAAUUAGAUUUUAAACCCAAAAAAAACAACUUUUUUCACUUUUUAUCACGAGUAAGAACUGCAGCGUGUAUUUACCUGUUUUUGUUACUUUUAAAACAAGGUGCGAACGUCUAAUGAUGAUAUGGACAAACCAGUGUGACAGGAAGAAUCGUAUGUGGAACUGUAGGUUCUACUUUUCUCUCUUUGGGGACAGAAAUGGCAUUCUGCUUAAUCAAAAAUAUUUCUUAUACUGACACUUCACAAGUCACAUGCUAAGAAACUGAGUUUUUGCGUGCACAAUUUCAAGUUGACUGUAAAGUUUUGCAGACAGUCUUAGAACUUGUAAUGUAUAUGGCAUGUAUUUUUUUAACUUUCUGAAGACUCAAUUGUAUAUAUUUUCUCAAUGAAUGGUUGUAACAAAAUUGUUUCUUGGAUAUUUUUCUUCUCUUGUAUGAUAUUACAUCAUCCUGCCAGUGUGUUUGUGCGACAUUUUAUUGGUCAUGUAAAGUAGGCAGACCCCCCCUUCCCCCCUUUUUUCUUUUUGUUUAUUUUUGAAAAAAGCCUUUUGAAGUGUACAGAGUAUGAGGUUUUGAGUUUGUGGAAUUGAAUUUAGAAACAUUUACAAAAAUAAACUAUUUUACAUGUUA